UCUAGACUGACGACGGUGCCACAGUAGAUAGAGAGUGAUAAGAUGGUCAGCGACUCUCAAGGUUUUUAAUCUCUUCGUGACGACCUUGAUUUGUAUAUGAACACAUUGAGUAUAAGCGAGGUCAAAUUAAUGGAGGAGGAGCCAGGGUUGAGGAAAGGUGCCUGGACCCGAGAGGAAGACGAUCUUCUCAAAGCUUACGUUCUCAAGUACGGCGAGGGAAAAUGGCAUCUUGUUGCCCAAAGAGCUGGUCUGAAGUGCAGGAAAAGCUGCAGAAUGAGGUGGUUGAAUUAUCUGAAACCCAACAUCAAGAGAGGAGGCUUCAAUGAAGACAAGGUUGAUAUGAUUAUGAGGCUCCAUAAGCUGCUGGGCAAGAGAUGGUCGUUGAUAGAUGGGAGGCUACCAGGAAGAACAGCAAAUGACGUGAAGAACUUCUGGGAUACCAAAAUGCGCAAUAUUGUUAUUAAGAGACAAGAAAAAGAAAAAGAGGUGAACCAGCUGCUGCGAGCAGAAGAGAAAGGAAAAGUGAAAGAAGCCCGCAUAGUAAUAAAACCACAGCCUUAUGCUUUCUCUGAGAAUUCGCCAUGGUUGAAGCAGAAGAAGAAUAAGCCUGUUACUGCAGCUGAAAGUGCUUCUACUCGUAGCUCUGGCGGCGGCGGUUUUGCACAGCCAUGUCCUCCUGCUGGUAUUGGCAAGAGCGAGCUGUCAGAUCAGGAUUGGUGGGAGAGUUUACUAAAGGAGGAAGAAUGAGAUGAGGGGCAAGAUGGGAAUUCUAUGAUGGAUUUCUUGGACACAGACUUUCUGCAAAUGGAGGGUCUCCGCUGUUGGUGGAGUCACUACUAGUCAUAAUAAAAUUCUAGUCUUAUUGUGAUCCUAAUGAAGGGUCUCCCAGGAAUUUGGAUUAUCUUCUUUUCAGGAAUCAAAAUGUUUUUUUGAAAAUAAAAA